AUGGCGGUUCGCGCUAUGAAUGGUAGCGCAAUCUUGCGCUGCUGCGCGGCGUCGCCACCUAUCGCCGCCGUAAGAUGCUGCGUCCACCAGUACAAGGGUGUUCACUUUCACCGUGGUCGCCAAUCCACCAAACUAGGGUUUCGGUUAUCAAUUUUCCAGCGGAAUUAUAAUCAAGUUAUUAGUGUUGGAGAUAGAAUUGUUGCAAUUCGAAAUUAUUCGGUGCAGAGCCUUGUGGAUAUGGUCGUGGAAGAACUUGAAUCGUUGCGCAAGCGCGGCAGAGUUCGCGCGUCCAACAAGUUGGAACUGAAAAGCAGUGAAGCUAUUCUUGAAAAUAAGUUAGGGAAACGGGUGCUGCAGAAAGGAUUUUUGCUAGAGUUCAAGAAAGAUCCGGAGAGGGUAUUGCUGGCAGUUGCACAGAAGCCUGAUGGCAAGAAGAAUUGGAUGGUUUCUGAUCAGAAUGGUGCCAUGACCUCCAUUAAGCCGCAACAAAUUACUUUCAUUGUUCCUGGUGUUGAAAACUUUGACCACACAGAGAUGUUAGACUUUGUUCAGAGAGCUCAGAGUAAUUUGGAUCCCACAUUGCUUGAGUUUGCCUGGAUUGAGCUUCUUGAAAAGAACAAAUCAGUAAGAGUGGAAGAGCUGGCUGAGAUGAUUUUUGGUAGUGCUGAGCCUCUUGAGAGCUAUUGUGCUCAUCUACUGCUUUCAAAGGAUGACAUAUACUUCACUGUUUUGGAGAGUAAAGGUUCAUUUUCUGUUUAUGGGCCUCGACCUGCUAUUCAGGUUGAAGAACUUCUACGGCGAAAGCAUGCCAAAGAAGCUGCUGAGAAAGAACUUCAAGAGUUUGUGAAAUUACUGAAAUCUGCCAGGGAAAUGCCACGGCAUUCAAAACCCAAAAAAUCUUCAUGGAGAACUGAAGAGAAGAUCUGGAAUAGAAUUGAGUCUCUGGAAGCAUAUGCAAUAGACAAUUGCAGGAAUGAUGACCAAAAGAAAACAGCUGCAAUGAUUCUGAAGGCCAUGGGACUAGCUAAAACAGCAUCAGCUGCAGUAGGUCUCCUCAUAGAUAUUGGUUAUUUCCCUGUACAUGUCAAUCUUGAUUUGUUAAAGUUGAAUAUUCGUACUGAUUAUCCGGAAGAGAUUCUAGCAGCUGCUGAAAGUGUUCUUUUAGAGUCUCCUGACCUGGAUAAGGUUGACAGAAUAGAUUUGACUCACCUGAAGGUGUAUGCAAUUGAUGUUGAUGAAGCUGAUGAGCUUGAUGAUGCAUUGAGCGCAAUAAGGCUACAGGAUGGCCGCAUUAGGGUUUGGAUACAUGUUGCAGAUCCGACUAGCUUAAUUCAACCUGGGAGCAUGAUAGACAAAGAGGCAAUGAAGAGGGGAACUUCUGUAUUUUUACCAACUGCUACUUACCCUAUGUUUCCUGAGAAACUGGCCAUGGAAGGCAUGAGUUUGAAGCAAGGAAAGCCAUGUAAUGCCGUUACAGUUUCUGUUGUGCUACACUCUGAUGGCAGCAUUGCAGAAUACUCGGUGGAAAACUCAAUUAUCAAACCAACAUAUAUGCUAACAUACGAGAGCGCAUCUGAACUUCUCCAUCUGAACCUAGAAGAGGAAGUUGAACUCAGACUUCUUUCUGAGGCUGCUAUGCUCCGGUUACGGUGGCGUCGGGGACAGGGUGCAAUAGACACAUCCACGAUAGAAGCAAGAAUCAAGGUGACUAAUCCAGAUGAUCCGGAGCCCUUGAUCAAGCUUUAUGUGGAGAAUCAGGCAGAUCCUGCAAUGCGGCUUGUAACUGAAAUGAUGAUACUUUGUGGCGAAGUUAUAGCCACUCUUGGUUCUUGCCCUGUAAGGAGUUCUGCUGUAGUUAAAAUCAUGCGUGCAGCUGAAAUGGAUUUCAGGAAGCCUAUACGCCAUGGGGUUUUAGGACUUCCUGGUUAUGUGCAGUUCACAUCUCCCAUCCGAAGAUAUAUGGAUCUCCUUGCACACUAUCAGGUGAAAGCUUUUGUUAGGGGAGAUUCUCCUCCUUUCUCAGCGGGUCAGCUGGAAGGGAUGGCAUCUAUGAUAAACAUGAAUGCUCGGGUAGUAAGAAAGAUCUGCAACAGCAAUCUUCGAUAUUGGAUAAUAGAAUACUUAAGAAGGCAACCGAAGGAGAAAAGGUUUUCUGCUUUGGUCCUCAGAUUCAUCAAAGAUAGAGUUGUAGCAAUACUCUUGACGGAGGUUGGAUUACAAGCUUCUGUUUGGGUAUCUGUCGGAGUACAGGUUGGUGAUGAAGUAAAAGUUCGAGUGGAAGAAGCACUUCCACGCGAUGAUAUUCUCACUCUGAAGGAGGUUCAAGGAAUAUAA